GGAAAUCUAGUACUAGCUAGUACUAUUGUAACAACUAACACGCGCAGUGGUGACUUGAGAGUUGAGAGAGAGAGAAGUAUAGAAGAAAGAAGCAGUGUGCGUGCGUGCGUGAUUCUGAAGCGAAGCAACACUUCCAAACAAUUGUUUUGUUCUUCUUCUUCUUCUUCAAACUCAACAAUGGCAGAACCCAAAGUUAAAUACGAUCGCCAACUCAGAAUAUGGGGUGACCAAGGACAGGCAGCUCUUGAGAAAUCUAAUAUUUGCUUACUUAACUGUGGUCCUACUGGUUCUGAGACACUUAAGAAUCUUGUUCUUGGUGGGAUUGGAAGCAUCACUGUAGUUGAUGGAUCUAAAGUUGAAGUCGGUGACCUUGGAAACAAUUUUUUGGUGGAUCAAUCAAGCCUUGGGCAGUCAAAGGCAAAAUGUGUUUGCUCAUUUCUCCAGGAGCUAAAUGACGCAGUUAAAGCAAAAUUUGUAGAAGAGUAUCCAGAUACUUUGAUCGAGACAAAUCCAUCAUUCUUUUCUCAAUUUACUUUGGUUGUUGCAACGCAGCUGGUGGAAAGUUCAAUGGUAAAGCUUGACCGAAUCUGCAGGGAGGCAAAUGUUAUAUUGAUCUUUGCCCGCUCCUAUGGCCUUACUGGGUUUGUACGAAUCAGUUUGAAGGAACAUACUGUGAUUGAGUCAAAGCCUGAGCAUUUUUUGGAUGAUCUUCGGUUAAAUAACCCUUGGCCUGAACUCAAGAGUUUUGCAGAGGGGUUUGACUUGAACGUGCAAGAUCCUGUUGCUCAUAAGCAUAUACCCUAUGUCGUCAUUCUUGUCAAGUUGGCUGAUGAGUGGGCCAAGAGCCAUGGUGGUAGCCUGCCAUCAACCAGAGAAGAAAAAAAGGAAUUUAAGGAUCUUCUUAAGGCUGGGAUGGUUGCACAAGAUGAAGAUAAUUAUAGAGAAGCUAUUGAAUCCUCAUUCAAAGUAUUUGCACCCCGAGGAAUUAGUUCGGAGUUGCAACAGAUACUAAAUGAUAGUUCUGUGGAAGUAGACUCUAGUUCGUCAGAUUUUUGGGUGUUGGUGGCAGCUCUAAAGGACUUUGUUACAAAUGAAGGCGGUGGGGAGGCACCUCUUGAAGGAUCUAUACCAGAUAUGACUUCUUCCACAGAGCAAUAUGUGAAUUUGCAGAAUAUCUAUCAGGCUAAGGCUGAGGCUGACUUUCUUGCAAUAGAACAAAUGGUGAGAAAUACUUUGAAGAAAAUUGGUAGAGAUCCAAAUAGCAUUCCAACGGCAACAAUUAAAAGCUUCUGUAAAAAUGCAAGAAAACUCAAAGUUUGCAGAUAUCGUCCGAUUGAAAAUGAGUUUAACUCUCCAAACCUACCUGAGUUACAAAAGUACCUAACUGACGAGGAUUACAGGUUAUCCCCGUUUAUAGUUAACUCUUCAAACCUACCUGAGUUACAAAACAUUGCUGUGGGAAUUUAUAUUUUGCUUCGUGCUGUUGACCGGUUUGCUGCUAAUUACAACAGUUUUCCUGGACAGUUUGACAGUGCAAUGGAUGAGGAUAUAGCUCGAUUAAAGAGCACAACAAUCGGCCUACUUAAUGACUUGGGAUGCAACAGUGCUGCUUUGCCUGAGGACCUUAUCAAUGAGAUGUGUCGAUUUGGUGCUGCAGAGCUUCAUGCUGUUGCUGCUUUGGUUGGAGGAAUUGCAUCGCAAGAAGUGAUCAAGCUCAUAACAAGGCAAUUUGUACCAAUAUCGGGGACCUACAUAUUCAACGGAAUCGACCACAAGUCACAAAUAUUGUUUUUGUAACAGGUUUUAUUAUGGUAGUACUUAACGACUUGUUUGGCUUCGUAACUUACUCGGUAGUCUUUAUCCUUACAUUGUAAUUUUUAAUGGUGCUGAUGUAGAGUUCUAUCAGAACUGGAUUAUUAUCUAUGCAUCCAUGCAUUUUACAAUGUGCACUUUGGGGCAUUUUUGCUUGUUUAAGUUGCGAACAUGCACAGAAAUUUUGUAAUUACGGCAUGGAUCUUGGACAAAUACAGGUAGAGAAAAGAGAUAUUAAUUGCAAAAGUGAGUUCAUUUUAUCAAAUGAAUUUUGUU